UUUCACUAUUAAGUUGAACAAGGACUCCCAAACACAACACCUAUCAAGGUUGUUGGCCAACUAGUUAACAAAGCAAAGCAGCCAGCUGUUUCUGGCCUUGGAGGGAAGUCAGGUGUGCAGGAUCCUGGGCCUGUGGGAUGAGUGGGCGAGUCCCGCUGGCAGAGAAGGCCCUGUCAGAAUCCUAUGCCCGCCUUCGGUACAGGGACACAUCCUUGCUCAUUUGGCAACAGCAGCAGCAGAAGUUGGAGUCUGUACCACCCAGUACAUACCUGAGCAGAAGCCGCAGCAUGUGGUACUCCCAGUAUGGAAAUGAGGCCAUCUUAGUCCGAGACAAGAACCAGCUUGGAGUCUCUAGGGACACCGGACAGUCUAAGUUUUGCUCGAUCAUGUAAUUCCAGGGAGAAGACCCUUCUUUGAUGGCCAUGAAGAUCAAACCGUGGGUAUAAAAGUCAACACCCAAGAAUGUCAUCCAACCCUUUAUUAGUGGCACAGUGGGCACCUGGACGCUCCCCUCACUGCUCAGGCCCAGGAAAUGCUUCUAAACAAAAGGGAAGCAAGAGAGACGUCCCACC